GUCAAGUUGAAGCACAAGAAAACAACCAAACAAGAUCUCACCUCCAAUGUUCCAUCACAUGUAGAUUCCAAGUUUCCCAUCAUCAUCAUCAUCAAGACCUUCACUUCAAAACACACACCCACACCCACACACACACACAAAAGUUCUUAACUUUAAUGUGUAUUUGUAAUUUGAUUCAAUUCAAUGUUAGUCCAACAAGACAGUGUAAAUUCAACCCCAAAAUCCCAAAAAUCCAUAAAAUACAAAGCAUUACAAAAUAGAUUCUCCCCAUCAAAAUCACUUGAUUUUUCCACAUGGGUAUCUCAAAAUCUUUACAAAAUACUAACAAUCUUGAUCCUAAUCACCACCGUCGCCGCCGUGUUCUUCCUCCGGUCCGCUACGGCCGGCGACUCUGCCGCCUUCUUUUGCUUCCAAACACGAACCCCACAAAUAAAAAGCAUUACUUUACCACUUAUUGAUUAUGAUUCUAUCAUUCCCAUUGGUGACGUCACAACCCCAUAUGCAAGAUUUAGAUCAGAGCAAUGGGUGAUUGUUUCGGUAUCCGGAUAUCCGUCGAAUUCGCUUAAAAAGUUGUUAAAGAUUAAAUCUUGGCAAGUUCUUGCAAUUGGGAAUUCAAAGACACCAAGUGAUUGGAGUCUUAAAGGUACAAUCUUUUUGUCUUUAGAAGAACAAGCUAAACUAGGUUUUCGAGUUGUUGAUUAUUUGCCUUAUGAUUCGUAUGUUCGAAAAAAUGUGGGAUAUUUGUUUGCUAUACAACAUGGUGCUAAAAAGAUAUUUGAUUUUGAUGAUAGAGGGGAAGUAAUUGAUGAUAAUAUUAGUAAGCAUUUCGAUGUUGAUUUAGUAGGAAACAAUGCUAAAAAAGAUGUUAUCUUGCAGUAUAAUCAUGAUAAUUUGAAUAGGAGCGUUGUGAAUCCGUAUAUUCAUUUUGGUCAACGAUCCGUCUGGCCUAGGGGAUUGCCAUUAGAGAAUGUAGGUGAAAUUGAGCAUGAGGAGUACUAUGAUGAGGUGUUUAGUGGGAAUCAAUAUAUUCAACAAGGAAUUAGUAAUGGAUUACCGGAUGUUGAUUCGGUUUUUUAUUUUACUAGAAAGCAGAAUCUUGAACCGUUUGAUAUUAGAUUCGAUGAACAUGCGCCAAAAGUUGCAUUGCCUCAGGGAAUGAUGGUACCCGUAAAUUCUUUUAAUACAAUGUUUCAUUAUUCCUCUUUUUGGGGAUUAAUGCUUCCUGUUUCGGUUAGUUCAAUGGCUUCUGAUGUGUUGAGGGGUUAUUGGGCACAGCGGCUUUUAUGGGAAAUUGGUGGUUAUGUUGUGGUGUAUCCUCCCACGGUUUAUAGAUAUGAUACAAUCAAAGCAUACCCAUUUGCUGAAGAGAAAGAUCUUCAUGUUAAUGUCGGUAAUUUGUUGAAUUUCUUGGUUUCUUGGAAAUCCGACAAGCAUAGAUUGUUUGAAAAGAUAUUGGAAUUGAGUUAUGCCAUGGCUAAAGAAGGGUUUUGGAGUGAAAAAGAUGUGAAAUUUACUGCAGCAUGGAUUCAAGAUUUGAUUUCUGUUGGUUAUUUGCAGCCACGUUUAAUGUCACUCGAUUUGCGUAGGCCAAAAAGUAUAAUUAGGCAUGGAGAUCGAAAGGAUUUCGUGCCUCAAAAGUUACCAUCUGUUUUUCUUGGUGUUGAUGAAACAAAUACUGUAAAUUAUGAAAUUGGGAAUUUGGUUAGGUGGAGAAAGAACUUUGGGAAUGUUGUUCUUAUAAUGUAUUCUAAUGGACCUGUUGAACGGACUGCUUUGGAAUGGAGAUUGCUUUAUGGAAGGAUAUUUAAGUCUGUAAUUAUUUUGGCUGAAAAGAAUAAUAGUGAGCUUGUUGUUGAAGAAGGUCGCUUUGAUCAUCUAUACAAGCAACUUCCAAGAUUGUUCGAUAGGUUUAAAAACGCGGAAGGGUUUCUAUUUCUGCAGGAUGAUACAAUUCUUAAUUACUGGAACUUAGUCCAAGCAGACAAAACUAAGCUAUGGAUAACAGAUAAGGUAUCGAGAUCUUGGACCACUGUUCCAUACGAUGGCAACAAGGAUUGGUAUGGAAAACAAGCAGAGAUGGUCAAGAAAGUCGUGAGCUCAAUGCCGGCACAUUUACAAGUCAAUUACAAGGACCAUACUAAGAGCCAUGACUCGAGUCUCACAACUUGCACUUCAGAUGUGUUCUAUAUCCCCCAAAGGCUCGUGGCUGACUUUGCCGACCUUGUAAAUCUUGUGGAAGAUCUUGAUAUCCACCAAAAAGUUGCUAUUCCCAUGUUCUUUAUAGCAAUGGACUCUCCCCAGAAUUUUGAUUCGGUUUUUAGCAAAAUGGUUUAUAAAAGAAAACCACCUUCCAAUAUUACCAUGAGUUUUUAUUCUCCUGAAGUGCCUGCAGUUCACCCAUUGCGCGUUUCAAAUGAGCAAGAAUUUAUAAAACUCGUUAGAUUAAUGGCGGCUGGUGAUCCUCUUUUGCUGGAUUUGGUAUGAAGAUAACUGUACCCUGGCUGCAUUAUUUUUUGUACCAUUUUUUCUAUAGAUAAUUGUAGUUCCUUUUUAUAGAAUCUUGAUGGAUUGUUAGAGACUUGUGUACUUUUAUAGAGUUGAACGAGAUAAACUGGAUGUAAAAAAAAAAUGUACUGUAGUCACUAGUUUUAUAGAGUGAAAUACACAAACUAUUGUGUUGACUUCCAA